AUGCGAAAUGGGCAUUGGAUGAACAAUAUGGCUAGCGGGAGAUCUGAGCCUAAUGUUUUACAAUCUUCACUAACCGAGUAUCGGAGGACUGUUAACCAUAAACUUUUCUCUCAUCAACAAGCUUGCGAGUGGUUGAAAGACAACACGAAAUGGGCAUUGGUUACAAAAGCGGGUGAAGACUCCCUGCCUCCUUUAAAAUCAACCAAAACAUCUUCAUCCAACACCUACACAUCAUCAUUUGAUCCAUAUAAGGCUAAUGUGUUCAAUAGUAAUAUGUCAUUGUCAUUUCAACACCCGGUUCAUGGGUAUGUUAUGAAUAUUGUAGAUGAAGCAGAAGUUCAUCAACUCAGAAAUGUAGUUUUUGAAACGAAGAAGAUUGUGCAUUUGUAUUUGGAGGUGUUUGAGGGAUGGGUUGAACAGACAGAAGCGGCUGACAAGAUUGUACCAUACAAUGUUGAAAACAUUGUAUAUGAUAAUGUUGAAGGGUGUCCAAAAGAAGAAACUGUGGAAGUGAAUACAAUAGAAGAAGAAAAAUUUUAUGAGUUGGGAAGACUGGAUGACAAAACUUUGUCAGACGAUGAAGAGUCAAAUGAAGUAUGGGCUGAUGCAAUUCGUGUUAGUACUGAAAAUGUUUUCCCUCAUGCUCAUCAUGGCGUAUGUGCUUUUCAUCUACUAGGAAACAUAGUACACAGAUCUAGUUCUAUUAGGCCACAAGUAGCGGCGCAUCUAAGUGAAAUUCCACGUGCUAAAUGGACUAGAGCAUAUUCCUCGUCGAAACGGUACAAUUACAUGACCUCGAUCAGUGCAGAGUCAAUGAACGCUUUAUCUGUGGAUGCAAGGAAGAUACCUAUAAUACCCCUUCUUGAGUUCAUCCGUCGUCUUUUCACAGGAAUGGUGUAA